AUGCAACUCACCAACAUCCUCCCCAUUGUCCUAGCGGGCCUAACCACCGCUCUCCCCUCCACACUGCACGUCAACACAAUCACCGACGACCUCAUCUGGGCCGUCUCCAACUUCACAAUCGGCUGCUCCAAGGGUGGCUGCGUCUUUGACUAUGAUAUCGCCGGCCGCGAAAACGAAGCAACCCCCAAGUUCCGCACCCACUGCAGCGGCGUCGAAAGCCAAAAGGUCUCCUGCGAUGACAAGAACAUCACCACCAUUGUGUCUCCAGCGGGCAACCCCGACUGGAACGUUGAUGUCACUCACUCGUGGCAGACCUGGCUCUCGGACGACUCCCUUGCGACUUGGUACCAGCACGGCUCGAAGAAUGUGACCGUGCCUGACGACAAGCCGAUCCGGUUUGUCAUGAGACCUACUCAGGAGUACGGUGUUGCUUGA